GAAAGAGGAAGGCCUGAGAGAGGAAGAAACCCAGGAAGGGGAAGAGGACGUGGAAACUACGUACCUUUUCCUGCGAGAGAGGUGAUAGCUGCAGCAGCUGUGAUGGAAGAAGAAUGGGAAGAUAUGGAUGGAGGAGAGGAAUGAGGAAGCCAGGCUCUUGUUUUGUUGGACCCCGGGGAGCCGAUGGUCACUUGAAAUCGGGGACCAACAAUUGGACUUUUUAGUGGACACAGGUGCCGAAAAAUCAGUAGUAAAUACAAAAAUUAGUCCACCAACUCGGGAAACUACGAAAGUAAUAGGGGUGUCUGGGAAGACCCAGAAGUGCCCCUUCCUCAAGGAACGCACCUGCAAUCUGGCCGGACAUCAGGUCAAGCAUAAGAUGUUAUAUCUUCCAGACUGCCCAGUCCCUUUGUUGGGAAGGGACAUUUUAUCAAAAUUACAAGCACAACUCCAGUUCAUGAAGAAUGGACAAAUGGAAAUAUCAUUUCCCAUGGAAGAGGAAUGGAGACUGUUUCAAGUUAGGAUUUUUACUGAAGAAAUACAAUGGCCAUGGCAUGAGACUCCUUUAGUGUGGGCAGAAGAUAAUCCUCCAGGAUUAGCUAAAUAUGUUCCACCAGUGGUGGUGGAAGUGAAAAGAGGAAUGGGACCCAUAUGUAAGCCACAGUAUCCCGUCAGUCGAGAGGCGGUGCAGGGGAUCAGAAAGCAUCUAGAGCGACUUCUGCAGCAUGGGAUAUUGGUACCAUGCAGUUCCCCGUGGAACACGCCCCUGCUCCCAGUCAAGAAACCUGGAGGACAAGGAGAAUAUCGCCCAGUUCAAGAUUUGCGGGCUGUAAAUCAAGCCACCGUUCCCCUAACCCCGGUAGUGCCAAAUCCAUACAUCAUGAUGAGUCUAGUACCAGCAUUUGCCAAAUGGUUUACUGUAUUGGAUUUAAAGGAUGCAUUCUUUUGCAUUCGAUUGGCCCCUGUAUCCCAACCGAUCUUUGCUUUCCAAUGGGAAUCUCAGCAGUCAGGGCAAAGGACCCAGUAUGUUUGGACACGCCUUCCUCAGGGGUUCCGGGACAGCCCGGCCAUUUUUGGUCAAGCCCUGGCCAAAGACUUACAGGAUUUUGUAAUACCUAAGGAAGAGGGAAUUUGGCUUCAAUAUGUAGAUGACCUGCUUGUCGCUUGCCGGACACUAGGGGGCACUAGAGAGCAUACUUUGAGAUUACUCAAGAAAUUGGAAGAGAAGGGUUACAAAGUGUCAAAGAAAAAGGCCCAGUUGUGCUGUCCCACAGUGAAAUAUUUGGGGUUCCAUCUGACCGAAGGAAAGAAGAUGUUAGGAGCUGAAAGAAAGGAAGUUGUUUGUGCCAUCCCCACUCCCAGUACCCGGCGACAGGUGCGGGAAUUUUUGGGAUCAGCAGGAUAUUGCAGACAGUGGAUCCCUAACUACGUCGUGUUGGCUAAGCCGCUGUACCAGGCUACGAGAGGUGGAAGAGAAGAUCCAUUUGAGUGGACAGAAGAAUGUCAACAGGCAUUUAAGGCAUUAAAAGAAGCAUUGAUGUCAUCUCCAGCAUUAGGACUGCCUGAUUUGGAAAAACCAUUCACUCUGUUCGCUGCAGAGCGGGAAGGGACAGCGGUUGGAGUAUUGACCCAACCACUAGGUUCAUGGCAAAGGCCGAUUGCCUACUUGUCAAAGCAAUUGGACACAGUGGCUCGUGGAUUGCCACCUUGCCUGAGGGCUGUGGCAGCAUCAGUAGAUUUAAUCAAAGAAGCGAAUAAAUUGACCCUAGGACAGCCACUGACAGUUAAGGUGCCCCAUAGCGUUAAGGCACUGUUAGACACUAAGGGACCGCGCUGGCUCACAAGUGAGAGGUUAAUGAAAUAUGAGGGAUUGUUGUGUGACAACCCACUGGUGACCCUGGAGACUUGCUCCACUCUGAAUCCGGCCACCUUGCUCCCGACUCCAGGAGACACCACGAUCCAUCAGUGUGCCCAGGUGAUGGAUGAGGUAUUGUCCAGUCGACCGGAUUUGAAGGAUGUGCCACUAACUAAGGUGGACGACACUCUGUUCACAGAUGGAAGCUCCUUUAUGGAAAAUAAUCAAAGACACUCAGGUUAUGCGGUUGUCCGGUGGGGGGGAGAGACGCUGGAAGCAGGGUCACUGCCCCCGGGGACUUCUGCCCAGAAGGCCGAAUUGAUUGCCCUGACCCGAGCGUUGGAAUUGUCAAGCGGAAAGCGGGUUAACGUCUACACAGACUCAAAAUAUGCCUUCACUACCCUCCACGCACACGGAGCACUGUACAAGGAGCGCGGGCUCCUCACGUCUGGAGGAAAGUGCGUGAAACAUGCUGGAGAGAUUGUGGAUCUCCUGGAGGCGGUUUGGAAGCCAAGGCAGGUGGCUGUGAUGCAUUGUAAAGGGCACCAACGUGGAGACGAUCCCGUAGUGCAAGGAAAUAGGCAGGCUGAUCUGGCAGCCAAAGAGGCAGCUAGGCUGCCCUAUAUUGAACAUCAGGUAAUGGCCCUACAGGUAGAAUUAACUGAACAUAACAUUACAUAUACACCAGAGGAAGAAGAAUGGGCCUUAAAGGAGAAGGGUCAGUGGUCAGGAGAACUCAUAGUGAUGCCAGACGCCCGUGUCUACGUCCCUAAGGACUUGGCAUGGCACAUAGUCCAACACAUGCACCAAAAUACACAUUUAGGAAAAAUGGCAUUGGCAAAUCUGCUAGGACGACAGUUGUAUAUCGAUGGAUUACAUAGCCUAACGGCAGCAGCAGCCCGAAGAUGCUGGACAUGUAUAAAAAAUAACCCCAGAGAAGGACUCCUCAAGCCACCAGGAGUCCAACAUGUGGGUGGGGUACCCUUUGAAGCUUUAGUCACUGACUUUACAGAAAUGCCCCCAUACAAAGGAUACAAAUAUUUACUGGUGUUCGUGGACACAUACACAGGAUGGGUGGAGGCUUACCCUACAAGGACUGAGAAGGCUGUGGAGGUGUCAAGAGCUCUAAUGAAAGAUGUUAUUCCCAGAUUUGGCAUACCCUUAGAAAUUGGAUCAGAUAAUGGCCCCGCAUAUAUUCAACAGGCCGUGCAAGGAUUAUGUAGAAUUUUGGGCAUAAAAUGGAAGUUACAUUGUGCAUAUAGACCCCAAUCUUCUGGAAAAGUGGAAAGAAUGAAUAGGACAUUAAAGGCUCAGCUUGGGAAACUUUGCCAAGAGACAGGAUUGCCGUGGACGGUGGUUUUGCCCAUGGCAUUAUUAGGAAUCAGAUGUACACCACACAAACGGACAGGACUCUCCCCUUUUGAAAGACUCUAUGGACGACCCCCUUUGAGCUUGAAGGGAGCCUUAGAGACAGGAGCUGAGCAACACCUCAUAGGAGAGAAACAGACAUUGGCCCAGGUUCAGGCUUUGGGCAGACAACUGCAGCAGUUAGAAAAAUACAUUUCUGAAUUGAACCCACCAUUCCCUACCACACCUCUACAUUGUUUUUCACCAGGUGACGAGGUUCUGGUCAAGGAUUGGAAGAUUGAGCCAUUGGGACCCAAGUGGCGAGGACCCUAUGUUGUGCUCCUGUCUACCCCCACUGCAGUGAAGGUGAAGGAGAUUAAGCCAUGGAUACAUUACACCCGUGUAAAACUAGCGCCUGAGGAGUGGCGGACGGAGCGAGUUCCUGGUGAGGACCUGAGACUCAGGAUCAUCCGGCAACUCCCUAAGGGGUCAACAAGGCCAUGAAGCU